UCAAAAACCACAAUUCCCAAGAGGUCUUGCGGCAGCUUUCUGUUCUCCUUUCCCGGCCCACCCGCGCACAGCCUCCUGGGCCUCGUAGUCCCCGCUGGCGGCGGCGGCGGUUCUCGUUGCCGUGGCGACGGGGCGCCUCCGAACCCCUGGCCAAGGCGAGAAGCCGCCUGCGGGGCACUGGAGGGCGGGCGUGGGGAGCUACUCGAGGCCCAGGCUCGGCGGGAGGGGGCUAGGCCGCGGCUGCUUAUAAAAGCCCCGGGGGCGCCGCCGCCGCCGCCGGCGAGGGAGGAUCAUGAAGGGGCCGGUGGGGCUCGGGAUGCUUCUUGCCUUGCUCCUCGGGGGCGGGUUCCCCCGCGGGCGCGCAGAAUUGCGCGUCUUCCUGAGCAGCUGGGCGGUGCGCGUCCCCGCCGGGCCUGGCGAGGCGAGGCGCCUGGCGCACAAGCAUGGCUUGCUUUACCUGGGGCAGGUGAUCCAGGGAGCCCAGUAUUACCACCUGAAACACCGGGGUAUCGCACAGAAGUCUUUGCACCCGCAUUUGGGUUGGCAUCGCCAUCUGAAAAAAGAGCAUCGGAUUCUCUGGUUUGAACAGCAGACGGUGAAGAGGCGAAUCAAAAGGAGAGCAGCUGUGGUCCCCACCGAUCCCUGGUUUCACAAACAGUGGUAUAUGAACAAUGAUGUGCUGCCGGAUCUCAACGUUCUCAGCGCGUGGAGCCAGGGGUACACAGGCUCUGGGGUGGUGCUCAGCAUCCUUGAUGAUGGGCUGGAGAAAGACCACCCAGACCUCAAGGCGAACUAUGAUCCCAUGGCAAGUUAUGACUUCAACGACAACGACUCAGACCCUCAGCCACGAUACAACUCUUGGGAUGAGAACCGGCACGGGACACGGUGCGCGGGCGAAGUGGCGGCCGUUGCCAACAAUGAAUUUUGCGGGGCAGGCGUCGCUUAUGGAGCAAAGGUUGGGGGGUUAAGAAUGUUGGAUGGCACCGUGACAGACAUCAUUGAGGCCCAGUCCCUGAGCUUCCGUCCCCAACACGUGGACAUCUACAGCGCCAGCUGGGGCCCCGAGGAUGACGGGAAGACAGUGGACGGUCCCGGUGUCCUGGCCUCGGAGGCCUUCCGCCAGGGGGUGCUCCGGGGUCGCGGAGGCCUGGGCUCGCUCUUCGUCUGGGCUUCGGGCAACGGGGGUCUUCAGCAAGAUAACUGCAAUUGUGACGGCUACACCAACAGCCUCUACACCUUGUCAGUGGGCAGCACCACCGAGAGCGGGCGGGUGCCCUGGUACAACGAGCCUUGUGCCUCCACGCUCACCACGACCUACAGCAGUGGGGCCAGAGACGAGAAGCAGAUCGUGACCACGGACCUGCGCCAGACCUGCACCAGCAGCCAUACAGGGACUUCGGCCUCGGCCCCGCUGGCCGCCGGGAUCAUCGCCCUCGCUUUGGAAGCCAACCCAGCCCUGACCUGGCGGGACAUGCAGCAUCUCGUGGUGAGAGCCUCCAGCCCAGCCCAUCUCCAGGCUGAUGACUGGGCCAUGAAUGGAGUCGGCCGCAAAGUGAGCCACUAUUAUGGGUACGGGCUCUUGGACGCUGGCAAGCUGGUGGAUCUGGCCCAGAAGUGGAACACCACCCAGCCUCAGAGGAAAUGUCUCAUCAGGAUUGUCUACAAACCCGUAGCGAUCAGUUCCCGGCUGGUGAUCUCCGAGAAUGUCACCCCGGCCUGCCAGGGUGGGACCAAGGCCAUCCGCUCUCUGGAGCACGUCCAGGCCCAGCUCUCUCUCCGCUACAGCCGGCGGGGAGAUCUGUCCAUCUCGCUGACCAGUCCGAUGGGAACCACCUCCGUCCUGGCGGCCGUCAGGCCUCACGACACCAGCUGGCAGGGCUACAAGCAGUGGUCCUUCAUGUCCACGCACUACUGGGAUGAGGAUCCCCGUGGCACGUGGACCCUUCGGCUAGAGAACAAGGGAGACGCGUACAACACUGGUUUCCUGGACGGUUUCGUGCUGAAACUCUACGGAACGGAAGAGGACCUCUUGGCGAGGCGGUUUCCGGCCUCGGUGGCCGGCGAGUGCCUCCGGCGAGCGGCCGAUGGCAUGUGCCAAGAAUGCACCAGCCCCUUCUAUGCUUUCCAGCGUCUCUGCCUCUCCUAUUGCCCUCCCCGCACCUACGGCCUCUCCCAGCGCCCCCUCGGCUCCAACGGGAGCAUCCGCGUCUGCGCCCCCUGUGCCCCUACCUGCUACACCUGCCGGGGAGGAGCGCCCACCGACUGCACCGCCUGCCCGCCUUUCAGCACCUUUGACCCGGCCGCCCGCUCCUGUACCCAGAACCCAUCUUACGCCUACCUGCCCCGCGGGGGGCACGUUGCCCGAGGAUCUGCCCGCCUCCUGGCCCUGCUGACAGUGUCCCUGCCAGUCCUGUCUUGCCUGGUCUAUGGAAUCUGCCGCUGGACGUCCUGCUGGGCCAAGCGGAAGAAGCAGGCUGGGCCGGGCACCGGAGAAGAGACCGCAGCGGGCGGCUUGGAGCUCCUCCACUCGGUUGGAACUGGGGAAAGUUUGAAGGAACUUCCACAGCCUCCUCCCUGACCCCCAGAGCGAGCACGGCAACCUCUGGCAUCCUGGAAUACUUGAAUGAAAAUCUUUUUAUUUUCACUGUGAUGGGAAUAAAUACUUUUGAC